UACUGUCUCCUCCUACAACGUGCGCCAAAGUUGGCCACUUACACUUUCAACCAGCAAGCAGACGUUAUCAAAACUAGCUGUUGACCACUAAGUAUAUCAAGGCAAAGAAUUAAAUAACCUUUGCCCAUUUACACAUUUGAGUGCAAGGUGUAUCCCCUCCCUUUACACACCACAAACCUCCUCACUAUUGGGGUCUUCUUUUACCCCGGCAUCUCUGCAUGACUAACAUCAACACUUUUUAUGUUGGAGGGGUUUUAGUAUUUACGCGUUUCUCUGUCUGGGACUACGAUUUAUAGUUCGAUUUUUUAAAUCCUUUUGAGAGAAGACAUUUCGUUACAUCCUAUCCGCAAAUACCUACAUUUUCUUGUCUGGACUUUGCGCGAGUAAGAAUUUGGUACCAGUGCCCACUAGGUGUUUCUCCAGUAGCUAGAAUGGCUACUUUACCAGGAACAGUGCCUCGAAUGAUGCGCCCUGCGCCAGGCCAGAACUACCCCCGCACCGGAUUCCCUCUGGAAGGACAAUAUGCAGGACCUGAAUAUGUUUAUUGUGGAACAGUAUCAACCCCCCUUGGCCAAGGUCGGGUGAACCAGCUCGGUGGAGUGUUCAUCAACGGGAGGCCGCUGCCAAAUCAUAUCCGACACAAGAUAGUAGAGAUGGCACACCACGGCAUCCGACCCUGCGUAAUCUCGCGACAGCUACGAGUUUCCCAUGGUUGCGUCUCCAAAAUCCUCUGUCGGUACCAGGAGACCGGUUCGAUUCGACCCGGGGCUAUAGGAGGCAGCAAGCCCAGGCAGGUAGCAACUCCGGACGUGGAGAAGCGGAUUGAAGAGUACAAGCGAGAAAACCCCGGGAUGUUCAGUUGGGAAAUUCGGGACAAGCUGCUGAAGGACGGGGUGUGCGACAGAAGCACUGUUCCUUCAGGUGAGGCUUCAUCUGUGAGUUCCAUCAGCCGAGUUCUGAGGGCGCGAUUCGGCAAGAAAGAUGACGACGACGAUAGCGAUAAGAAGGAUGAAGACGGGGAAAAGAAAACAAAGCAUAGCAUCGAUGGCAUUCUCGGUGAUAAAGGUAAUCGUACAGACGAGGGUUCAGACGUGGAGUCGGAGCCGGACCUUCCCUUGAAGAGGAAGCAGCGUCGCAGCCGCACCACCUUCACAGCCGAGCAGCUUGAGGAGCUGGAGAAGGCCUUUGAGAGGACACACUACCCAGACAUCUACACCAGGGAAGAGCUGGCCCAGAGGACCAAGCUCACUGAGGCCCGCGUACAGGUGUGGUUCAGCAACAGAAGGGCCAGAUGGCGCAAGCAGGCAGGAGCCAAUCAGCUGGCUGCCUUCAACCACCUGUUACCUGGAGGCUUCCCGCCCACGGGGAUGCCCAGUCUACCUACCUACCAGCUACCUGAGUCCUCGUACCCCGGCACUACACUGUCACAGGAUGGCAGCAGUACGUUGCAUCGGCCCCAACCCCUGCCUCCGUCCUCAAUGCACCAGGGAGGACUCUCUGACGGCAGCUCCGCCUACGGCCUCUCGUCCAAUCGCCACAGCUUCUCCAGCUACUCAGACAGCUUCAUGAGCCAAUCAGCGGCCAGCAAUCACAUGAACCCGGUCAGCAACGGCCUCUCCCCACAGGUGAUGAGCAUCCUGAGUAACCCCAACGCGGUGCCCUCUCAGUCCCAGCAUGAUUUCUCCAUCUCCCCCCUCCAUGGCAGCCUGGAGUCCUCCAACCCCAUCUCAGCCAGCUGCAGCCAGCGCUCUGACUCCAUCAAGGGGGUGGACAGCCUGGCUUCCUCCCAGUCCUACUGCCCCCCCACCUACAGCGCCACCAGCUACAGUGUGGACCCUGUCACUGCUGGAUACCAGUACAGCCAGUAUGGACAGACUGCAGUUGACUACCUGGCUAAGAACGUGAGUCUGUCCACCCAGAGGAGGAUGAAGCUGGGAGACCACUCUGCUGUCCUGGGACUGCUGCAGGUGGAGACGGGACAGGCCUACUGAAACACCCAGCCUCUGCCUGACUCCACCCAGUCUAAACUCAACACCCCCCUACAGUACAUACACCACGCUACUGCUGCCGCCCACCCUGCAGCCCAUCCACUGCACCAGCACACAUUCUCUCUCUCCUCACCCAGCAGGCAGUCAGGCUGUCAGGCUGUGUAAACCUUGGCUCUGCCCCUCCCCUGUACCAUCCUCACCCCUGAUUGGCUCUGUCCAGACAUCCCAGAGACAUUGGCUCCAGCCAGCAUGGAGAACAGGCCCCUGGCUGCAUUCCAGUCCACACUCAGAGCCAUUUCCAAAUGUACAUUGACCUUGUUGUUUAUAGUAGUUCACUAAGCCAAUGUCAUUCAAAUGAUAAUCCCUCUUGUUUUAUAUCAAUAUUGUUUAUAUUAUUAUUGCUGUUAUGAUUAUGAUUCAUGUGAUUUUGUUUUUUAUUCUCUUCAUGGCUCUUUUUUCUGUCAGUGUGAUGCUAGCAGAUGACUGAGGUGAUACAGUGUAGUGUGGUGCAGAGUGUGUCUGUGUGUGUGUGGAUGUGUGCGUACGUUCAUGCGUGUGGCAGCCCAGUCAGAGAGAGAUGCUCCCACAUGAGAAAAUACGUCAGUUUACUAUAGAAUAAUACAGUGCUUACUAUCAAAUUCUAUAGUAAAUUGUAGUAUACUGUAGAAUACUAUACUACACCCUGUAGUAUCCCUCGACCAUGUAUAGUACUUACUAUUGAAUGUUGUAGUAUACUGUAGAA